UUUUCUUAUCCAUCCAUCAAUGACUCCUCCCGUCAUUCCGUCGUCGUAGUGCAGAAGCAGGAAAAAUAAAAAGUGCUUGUGGUUCCAGCAGAGGUGCAUAAUAUCGUAAUUACUGGAUAAAAAUUGUUCGUCCUGUGUCCAAUUCACCCGAAAUCAGUGGAGGAGCAUUGCAUUUAGCUGCCCGUCAGCCGCCAAGAAUUCUUAAUUCGUAAUCAUUCAACAUGUCUGCCCCUGAGGGAUCUUCAAAUGGUUUUCCUAAAUUACCGCCCCCACCGACCGGUAGCACCCAGCCCACGGCCGGCAGCGCCAACGGAGCGGCGGCCAAUCGGCUCAAGCAAACCCAAGCCCAGGUGGACGAAGUGGUCGGCAUCAUGCGCGUGAACGUCGAGAAGGUGCUGGAGCGGGAUCAGAAACUCUCCGAACUGGAUCAACGGGCGGACGCACUGCAGCACGGAGCGUCCCAGUUCGAGCAGCAGGCCGGCAAGCUUAAGCGGAAGCAGUGGUGGGCCAACAUGAAGAUGAUGAUCAUCAUGGGUAUCAUCGGGGUCGUGCUGCUAAUUAUCAUCAUCCUCUCCAUCAUUUAUUAAACCAUUUCUUUCAACGUCCCCCAAACGCGCACACAAGUACAUGCAUACAUACACGCACACUCGUAGCAGAACCAUCCACAGUUCUUUUUCCUCCCAGUAACAAUGAAGACGAAGAAUAACACGUUUAGGAUCACGCACCGAAAAGGGGAGAAAACUCGCCGUCAGAGAAAAACGCGCAAUCCAAUUUAUUUUUUCCUAGAUGCCGGCCCAGAACCAUUAUGAUAGGUGACCAUUUUCCUUCGCAGAAAAGAAAAGAAAGGACAGGACCUUUCAGAAAUUGUACGGCGGAAGAUUAUCGCAGCACGAUAGCAUAAUAGAUGACCGUGAAAAAAUGGCAUGAUCCGUUGUUGAAUCUUUUUUUUUAUCCAUUGAUGCUUGGAACGAGGCGGUUUCUUCUUUCGAUCAUGGUGGGGGAAAAAAGGUCCGUAUACGAAAUAAAGGUGAUUCAUCUAUCGCCUUAUUUGCGUUAAAAAUUAAGAAGGAAAAAAACGAUUUCCACUCGGAUUCAGAAGCAAUAAAACAAUAAAGGUCUCAAAGGUUAGGUCAGCCUGGGCUCUAGACGAGGAAGUGAUGAAGUUCAGGAACUUAUCGUGAGCUUGAAAUAGAUUAACACCAAUAGUCAUCGGUUUCCGGUUUUGACUGUAAAAUCCUUUACCAGUUUAAGAAUGUAGAACCACUUAUGGCAAUCAGGAAAUGAAGGCAUCACUAAAUUAAUUUACCUAACAGUUUCCAUUCUAACAAGGUUACAGGACGAAACGUCAAUUAUUUUUCUCGAAAAAAUGAAAUUUAACUAGCGACGAUGAGAAUGCUAUUAUGUAGACUUUUAUAUAAUUGUUAUCAAUCUAUCUUUAUGGAAUGCCAAUCUUUAAAUAUAUUAAAGGAUACUAGUUGUACUAUGUAUAGGAAGAAAA